AAACCAACAGGAAAUUCUCCUAACUUGAAAGUACCACUUAAUCAAUUGGAGCAAAGUAAAUCAACAACUAAUAUAUCCAAAUAUGAUGAAUUAUCGUCACAACUUUGGAUAAAAGAUUUUAUUAAAAAAAAAUUUAUCACAGAAAUAAAGUGGAAUGAUUUAGUUGGUAAAUCGCCAGUUGGUUCGGGUAAGUUUGAAGUGGUAUAUAAAACACAUUGGAAGAAAAUGAACAAAGAUGUUGUUUGUAAGAGACAAAUUCUAGAUGACAUUAAUGCAAUUGAGCAUGAAAUAAAAUUACAAAUUAGAGGACAU